AUGGCGGCGCGGCCCCCGCCCCGUCCCCGGCCCCCUCACUGCUCUCACACCCAAAGGCGCCGGGAAUUCACCGGCUGCGGGCCGCACGAUGUGGCGCUGCUAGCCAAGCCCUUCAAGAGAAACAUCGCGGAGGAGGCGAUUUUGGCUGAGAGGGUGCGGCAGGAGGAGCAGCGUGAGCAAGAACGUGACCUGCGGGUGUUCUGGCACUACCGCAACGCCUGCGACUGGCACAAGGGCGGCGAGGACAAAUGGCUGCACCGCACUGCCGAGAGGAAGGUCCGGGAAACCCUGCAGCAGUACCUGCAGGAGAUCGAUGUGAGAAGAGAGAGGCUGCGUGACUUUCUGGAGGCAGAGGAAAGUAGGCACUUUGCUGAGGUGGAAGCACUUGAUGAAGAAAAUGCACAGAACAGAGAAGUAAAGAUGAAGGAACAAGCAAAAUUACUGAGGGAGAAGAGGGAGCAGGAUAGACUAAAAGUGGUGGCUGAGAAACGAGAGCAACAGUUCAGAAACCGAUGUGAAGAGUAUCGCAUACUCUGUAAAAAACAGAGUGAGAAGGAGCUGGGUGACUGCCAGCUGGCCCAGCAGACUCUGAAGGAGAUCCUGAAAAAGGAAGAGAAGAUGCAGGAGCAGAAGUUGGAAGAGAUUUGUGAGAAGGAGCUGUUGGCUAAGGAUGAGGAAGCAGAGCUGAAGGCGCAGGAGGUGGCAGCGCGGAUCCGGGAGAUGCUGGAUGUGCGUGAAGCCCAGGUGGCCGUGCACACCGCUCGCCAAGAGGAGAAGAAGCAGGAGAUGAAAAAGGAGGCUGAAUGGCUGGAAGAAGAUCUGCACCAGUUUAGGAAGGAAAAUGAAGAGCUUGAGAGAAAGAGGCGACAUCAGCAGAAGGAGUGCAGGGAGCUGUUGCUCAAAGCAGUGCAGGACAAGCAGAAACAUCUUGAUGCAGUAAAACAAGCUCAACUUGCCCAAGAGAAGAAAAUGUUGGAAGAAGACUUUCAGGACCCCAACAGGAUAUAUGCUGAGAUAGCAACAAAAAAACAAGCACUGUUGAAGGAGCAGCUUACUUACCUGGAUCAUCUGGCUGAACAGCUGAGGAGGGAGAAGGAGCAAGAAAGAGAAGACGAGAAGCUCUUGAAGGAAGAGAGGGAUCAGGCUUGGGCCAAGAGGGUUGAGAAAAUGCAAGAAGAGAGGGAGGCUCGAUUUCAGCUGCUGAGAGAUGUCGUGAACACAAGACAGACUCAGAUGGAGGAGAAGUUGCGGAAAAAAGCACAGAGGAAAACAGAGAUUGCUGAAGAGAAGAAGAAAAUGGCUGAAGCAAUCAGAGAAUUCGAACGUGAAGAAGAAGAAAAACGUAUAAGAAAAGUACAGAAGGCCAAAGAAUACAGAGACCAGCUCACAACUCAAAUUGCCUAUCAACAGUGUCUCCAAAAAGCUGAGGAAGAGAAGAGGCAGAAAGAGCAUGAAUCAAAUAUGGAAGCAGAGAGAAAAUACCAGGAAAGGGUACGGUUAAUUCUGUCAAUGCCCAACAAGUCUGUACUAAAGCCUCCCACUACGAAAAAAGCACUAAUGCUUGACUCUUAAGGGCAUCACUCACUGUGGUAUUUUAGCUCACUCAGUUGCCCCUAAAAACAUUUUCUUGGGAUGCUUAUACCUGAUUUGAGUUGGAAGAAAUCUCUCCCUGGUGAUACUCAAAACAUUUAAUUGGAAAUUACACGAAACAUAGUAUUUUAAAGGGUUUUUUCCUCCCAUGGAUUUUUUUUUUUUUUUUGGACAAAUCUGAUCCAAUCCAAAGUGCUUGAAAUUUUAAUUCAAGAAUAUUGUCUGCCCUCUACAAUAUAAUAGUGUAUUAUUAUAACAUGAAUAAUGCACAGGCAUUCUUUUAAAUCUUCACAAAGAAAAUUUGUAGAAAACUUAAAGCAAGCCUUUA